UUCUUUGGUAGGAAACAGGCUGGGAGAGGAGCAAGGAUGGGCAGGGACCAGACAUAUGGUUCCUUGCUCCAGACUGUGCCAGUUGAAGUUACCUGGUGGUGACACACCCUAUAUAGGCCCUGGAAUGGCUACCUUGGAAUGCUUAUAGGCAGAUAGCUUAAAUCACACCUGUGUAUUCUGGGGGUGGGCAGAGAGCGUGCCACCAGUACUUAGCCUGCCCACUUAUGGAGUGGGAGGGGCGAUGAGGGCAAGAGAUUGCUCCUGGAAAGCAGGUGAUGCCAUUUUAUUCCACCAUCUGCCUCAGAACUGGCUUCCUGCUACUUGAUCUCAUUUCCCCAAACUCCAUGAAGUGCUAAGGGCUUACCCUAGCACCUUUCCAUCGGGUGUAGGGGAAGACUGGGCCAGUGGCCUCAUGUUUGCUCCAGGGAUCAAGUGAUGAAGACCCCCAAAGUGGAAGCAGGGACGGGGGAGUGGUGUGUGGGAGCAGGUGGACUAAAAUCACAGGAGCUAGCCUGGGAAAACCUGUGUGGACCAGAGGACUGGGGGGUGGGAGACUCUGUGUGGGUGCCAGUGUCAGGUAGAGUUGCCAGCGCUUUUCUGGGCGCUUUAGGCAGGAGCAGUAGACAAGAAUAGCUGUGCUCAAGCAAUCCUGUCUUGAAUUCAGUGUGUGGGAGGGGGAGGGCCAUGCUCCAGUUCUCCCAGUGGCCAGAUUCUGAGCUGGGUAGAGCAGAGCCUCUCUCCACAGACUAUGCAUACUCCUGCUGCCUUGGGACACCUGUCCUCCAGAUUGUUUUGGAGGAAAACACUGCACCUCGGGGACAGGGUGGUGGUCUUGGGCAUGCUCAAUUUGGAAGUCAUCACAGUCUCUACUAGAGAUAGUUGAGGAGAAUCAGGCCAGGACUGCAUAGAUCAAGGAGGAACUGACACGGCCAUUUGGCUUUAAUGUGGGUGGUCGGGGUCCGACAGAUUGACUCAAGGCUCUAUCUGUUUCCAUGCAGGGCUUUACUAGGAGUUACUCAACCCUUUAUUUUUGAAGGAAGGAGAUCUUCCGGGCUCCUGGGCUGUCUUUCACCCCAGGCUGGGCCAGCUGCCAGCACCCAGCCUCUCACAUCCGGCCCCCUCCCUUCACACUCACUAGAGAGCCUACAUCUGUAUCUACCCGCCCCUCUCCUUCGACCCCAGAACACCCUCUAAUUUCCUCCUAAUAGUCGUCACUGUCGGAGUGAGUGGAAGGAUGUCCUCAGUGGGUUGUUUAUGGGUGUUUGGUAGGCUUUCAGAAAGCCUUGGUCAGCAGAAUCCACAAGAGAAUGACUUCCAGUUACAGUGGCCUUGGUUUUAACCCGGGGCUGCGCGGGAGGAACAGUGUGGCCUCGGGGAUCCAGACCAGAGAUUCCAUAUAGUUUUCUGCAGGGUAGACCCAGAGGCUAGCAGCUGUAGAUCCUGGACCGUAGACCGACGAGGGGCAAACUCUCUACGGCUCGCCUAUCGCCUGGGUCAUUGGGACUCGAUUACCAUCACCCGGAACCCACCGGGAGGGGCCACGCCCGGUUGGGCGGGGAAGAAUGAGUGACGGACGGGACGGACGGUCCCCCUCCACUUCCGGUGUUUGAAACUGGCUUCUACUUAGACUUAAAGCAAUCGUUACCGCGACUGGGUUAGGCACCGAGCAGAGAGACUACGGCUCAAGCCGGCGGUAACCGGGAGGGCAGCCGCCUCCCCUGGCUGGGCGGGGGGGGGACUUGGGAGGAACGGAUCUGAAUUGCAUGUCUCUCAACCAUGGAUCACGACGACCCGGCCGAGGCGUUGACUGCGGUGCGAGAGAGGCGGCCGAGUUUGCUGGAGCUAUUGCAAGCGGCGACAGGCUCCGGGUUGGUUGCCUACACCGUGUGGGCGCUGCUUCUGCAGCCGGGCUUCCGCCGCGUGCCUCUAAAACUUCAGGUGCCCUACAUUGGUGCUAGUGCCCGACAGGUUGAGCACGUGCUGUCGCUGUUACGAGGCCGCCCUGGAAAAAUGGUGGAUCUAGGCUCUGGUGAUGGCAGGAUCGUGCUGGCGGCUCACCAAUGUGGUCUCCGUCCAGCUGUGGGUUAUGAGCUGAACCCGUGGCUUGUGGGACUUGCACGGCUGCAUGCCUGGAGGGCUGGUUGUUCUGGGAGUGUCUGCUACCAUCGGAAGGAUCUCUGGAAGGUGAGCCUCAGAGACUGUCACAAUGUGUCUGUGUUCCUGGCCCCCAGUGUGCUUUCACUGCUGGAGGAUAAGCUGCAAAAAGAGCUACCUGCAGGGGCCCGUGUGGUAUCUGGACGUUUCCCCCUUCCCACCUGGCAGCCUGUAGCUGUGGUGGGUGAGGGUGUGGACAGGGUCUGGGCCUAUGAUGUCCAUGGUGCUGGGCUAGCUGUGUCUUCUUGUGGGGUGCCCAUCAAGGCCACACCAGAGUCCAGUUCUACCUCCCUUCCUAGGACUUUAGUUUGACAGGCUGGUUGACUGGAUACAAUAAAGACUCUGUGGGUU